CUGCAUUCUCUUGAAAUGCUGGCUGUACGGCGUCCUCUUUCGAAAUGGCGAGCACGGGGCCCAUCGUUUUAAGUUAUCACAACUGCCUUCUUCGACGUAGUGAUCUAGCGUUACUUGAAAAGCCAAGAUGGCUGAACGACCAAGUGAUUUCCUUUGCAUUUGAGUACUGUGAAUAUGACCUCUUCAAGGAUUUUUCAGAUGAUGUCGCUUUCAUUGGUCCUGAUAUAGCACAGUUUAUCAAGUUAUCUCAAGAUGCAGAGGUUGGGAUGUUCCUAGAAUCUCUUAAUCUAGCCUACAAGCAGCUUGUAUUUUUAGCUAUAAAUGACAGCGAAUCUGACACAUCUGUUGGUGGUUCGCAUUGGAGCUUGCUGGUGUGUUGUAGAAGAGACAGUACAUUCAGACACUACGAUUCCUCAGGUUCCUUUAAUGAGCAUGCAGCAAGGCAAAUAGCAGAGAAGAUGCAGCCUCAUGUUGGUCUGGAGAAGUCCCAUGUCAUGUUUGUACAAGAACAGUGUACUCAGCAGGAAAAUGGCUACGACUGUGGCCUGUUUGUGAUAUGCAACGCUGAACAUAUCUGCAAAGAUCACUUCCAAGGGACUGCUGGUGCUGUCACCCAGGCUGGUGUAACCAAGAAGAGAGAUGAUCUGAAGAAUCUAAUCCUUCAGUUGGCUGCAGCUCAAGAUGGUGUCAAAUGAAUCUAACCUCUCAACAGAUAAUGAAGGGGAAACAAUGCUGAUGCUAGAGAGUUCCAGAUUAUCCUAUUGAUGGGAGACGUGUUGGAAGGGUACAUGUAUUUCAUCAAACUAUGAGACAAUUGAGGUAUGUUAUACACCCCACUUGUCUUUUUGCAGGAAACUGAUACCAUCAGAGGUCUACAGGAUUAUUCUUAUCGCGUCUUCCAAGCCGCUGGCGUGAUUUUUCUGUAAUUAUUUUAUCUUAAAAUUCUAAGUGAAUACCGGUACUAAUGAUUUUUUCAUCUAAUAGGUUGUUUGCCAUUUAGUUUUCAAGCCAUACUUAAAAUUAUUGUUGAAUGAAUUUUGUUCAAUUUAAAGUAGAUGACUAUAUUUAAAAGUUAUAAUUAUGAUAAUUAAAAUUACCUUUAAAUCCAAUCAGAUAUAUGAAAAUUAUUUCAGUUUACAGUUUGCAAACAUCUGUGUACAUCAAUGUGCUCAUUGCUUCUCUGUGUGGCAUAAUGUUUUUAAGUCCAUUCGGGGGCAUUCAUUUAACCCACUAAUGUUAAUCUUGCCAAAAUU